CGUACGCGGAAGUGCCGCAAAUACCGCCCGGAUCCUUGGUUUUGAAAACAUGUAGCGACAUGAUCGGCAGAAGUUAUCGCAUUUCCAGCUAUUGGAGCAGAGAAAUCGUGUUGGGUUUGAGGUUAUACAACUCGUUGAUUUUCUUUUCUUUCGGAUCAAGCAGCAAAAGGGAUACAGAAUGGACUGCUGAUAUGUAUACCAAGAGCUCGAGAAGCUAGCACAACCCGAGUCGCUGUUAGAUUGAUUCAAAAACACAGAACGGGAUGGAGAAUGGAGUUGGAUCGACCAAGGAGGAGAACCUCCUUUCCAGAAUGGCGCUUAAUGACAACAAGGCCGGGAUGGAGGGACUUGACAGGGACAAGAUCAACAGGAUCAUCAUGGAGGCGUCAAAGGGCUCCAGAUUCUACGAGAACGAGCUCAAGAAAGAGCAGCAGGUGAACCAGCGAAUCGAGAAAAUGAUGCAGCAAAAGGCUCGUCUCACAGAGCAACAGCUACAGAGGGCGCAAGCACAGGUGGAGAAGAUGGCGUCUGAGCUCGAGAGAAGCCGCGACCUGAGCAGGGCGAUCGUACAUGUCGACAUGGAUGCCUUCUACGCGGCUGUGGAGAUGAGGGACUGCCCAGAGCUGAAGGACAAACCCAUGGCUGUCGGCUCCAUGAGCAUGCUGUCGACGUCUAAUUACCACGCCAGGAAAUACGGAGUCCGAGCAGCCAUGCCUGGCUUCAUUGCAAAGAGACUCUGCCCCGGCCUGGUCAUCGUUCCUCUUAACUUUGACAAAUACAGGGCUGUGAGCGAGGAGGUUAGGGAGAUUUUUGCGGAAUACGGUCCCAACUUUCAGCCAAUGAGCCUGGAUGAAGCCUAUUUAGAUUUUACAGAUCACCUGGAGCAGCGGCAGAGCUGGCCGGAGUCCCUACGAACGCACCGCUACAGAUCCAGGAGCAACACGCCAGCGGAGACGGCGGAAGGGGCAGACCUCUCCCCGGUCCUGUUUGACAGUCUGAGCUCAUCUGGAGGAGAUGCAGGCGGUCCCUCUGAACUGUUUGGGACGUCUGUAGAGGAGGCCGUGAGAGAGAUGCGCUUCCGCAUCGAGCAGAAGACCACGUUGACUGCCAGCGCAGGAAUCGCGCCGAACAUGAUGCUCGCCAAGGUGUGCAGCGACAAGAACAAGCCCAACGGACAGUACAGGCUGCCCCCCACCAGAGAGGCGGUCAUGGACUUCACCCAGAAGCUUCCCGUUCGCAAAGUCUGCGGCAUCGGGAAGGUGAGCGAGAAAAUGCUGAACACUCUGGGCAUCACCACCUGUUCAGACCUCAGCCAGCGGAUGGCGCUGCUGUCCUUGUUGUUCUCCGAGACGUCCUGGCAUCAUUUCCUCCAGAUUUCUCUGGGUUUGAGCUCCACGCAUAUACCCAGACACGAAGAAAGAAAAAGCAUGAGCACUGAAAGGACAUUUAAAGAACUGAGCAAGCCCGAGGAGCAGUUCUCUUUAUGCAGGGAGCUGUGUGAGGAUCUGGCGGACGACUUGAAGAAAGAAGCUCUGAAGGGUAAGACGGUGACUCUGAAGCUGAAGAAUGUGAACUUUGAGGUGAAAACCAAGGCACAGACGCUGCCCUACGCCGUGGCCCAGGUGGAGGACAUCUUUGCUGUCGCUAAAGACUUACUGAAGAUGGAAAUAGAAAGUGAAAGCCCCCAGCCCCUCCGACUGAGGCUCAUGGGUGUUCGGAUAUCUGCCUUCGUGAGUUCCGAUGACAAAACGCCGAUGCAGAAAAGCAUCAUAAGCUUCCUUCAGCCAGGCAAGGCCGGCUGCGGUCGCUCUCCCCAAAUAUUGCAUGAAACGCCGGAAGGAGGGGACGUUCGCGGUCACUCGAUCCAAAGCUCACAGCUUACCCACGAUGCACCGGUGCAGAACGGGCAGACACAAAACAAGGUUUGUUGGAGGAGUAAGCCAGGGCACAGCGGCGAGGAGCAGCCGCCGCAGCAGUCCUUCUUUCAAAGAGCUCAUGCCAAACGACUGCAACUCCAGGCCGAGAGAACCAGCCCAGUCAUCACAGCAGAGUCAUCGCAGCCAGCCGACACGAACGACCCCACAGUCCAAGAUCUUCCUGAAGACGAACCGGCUUCGCCCGUGGAGCGCCGCGCGUCCUCGCCGGGCUGCCGGGCUCUCGCAGAAAGCCUCACGUGUCCCGUGUGCUUCAGGAACGUGGACACGGCCGACCUGGACGCCUUCAACCGGCACAUAGACUCCUGCCUCAGCGAGGCCGCGGGGAGGGAAGACCACGUCUCAGACGCAGAGUGCCGCCCGGAUCCAGAGCCGGACCACCCGCAGUCCGCAGCCGUGCCCGAACAGGGGAGGUGGCGCGCUGUGGAAAAGGAGCCGUCGUGCGGAGGAUCGCCUCCAGAAGGCCAAGGAACCUGGAGGAGCGAUCCGGCUUCACUGAUUCAAGCCGACAGGCAGCCUGCGGCCCGGCAGCGGCGCUCACCCCACGGUAAAAGCCCCGUCCUGACUUGCCCCGUGUGUCAGCGGACCCAAGACACGGACGACCUCGCCGUCUUCAACCGCCACGUGGACCUCUGCCUCAACCAGGAGGUCCUCCACGAACUCGGAGGCCAGGCGGCAUUUUCUGGAGAAGCACCUGCAGUGAAACACAGCUGCGACACGGACGCUGGACGUCUCCUGCCGAGGCAAGCAAGUAAAGGCAAGAGCAAACGACGAGACACGCCUUCCUCUCCUCCGUCUAAAAAAGCCAAGAGCCUCGGGCUUUCCAACACCAUCGACAAGUUCUUCAGGUGACGGUGGUCAGUCCGCCUCCGGACGAUGUGAAGACGUUUUCUGCGGCCAGAAGAGACACGCCAGCUCUCCCCGGCUCAAGGUUUUCUGUUGACUGUUUUUAUUCACGCCGGGACCAGGGCUGCUCCACACAAGGACGCACAUUUGGCUUCCUGCUGCCAGAAGAAGCCGAGCACUUGCACUGAUUAACUCCUUUUAAGCCAAAGGCAAAAGCAAAGGUGACAGGAAGUGAUUUAACUGCAGUAAAGUAAGGAUCUAUAAAUGAGGAUGAAGUUUGCUGAUUCCAGAUUCUACUUUUUGUUUCUCAAUGAAGAUAACGUUAUUUAGCCUAAGGAUAAAUUAAAGAUCAGGAUAUCUGCUGCAUUUUUUUAAAAUCUGUUAAGUUAUUUCACUCUUGUAAUUUCAGCCGUUCCCUGUUUUAUUUAUCUUUUUCUGCAAUAUUACAAUGUGCUCCUAAUAAUGAACAAUAUAUUUAAUAAAUAUUCAAUGUGAAACCUCCCUGCUGAAA